AUGCCCCCACCGAGGACUGCGGCAUGGCGCUCCAACCUGGUUGCGCUUUCUCAGAGAUUCAACGUCAGUACAUUCUCCAUGUCGCGUCCGACGGUGAUUCUCUGCGUGGCAGUGCCUGCUGCCGCUGGGAUAUGGAUGCGGACGGGCGUUUUGGUUACUCUAGAAUCUGUGGGGACAUAUCUCUACUUUGUGGCGUACGGCGACGAGAUCCAUGUUACGAUACCCCGCGACCUUCGCCAGACGCUACCCACUACCCCCGACGUGAUAUUGGAUCUGCCAAGAAGCGAAAAGGCCUUUGAUGUUCCUGGCAUUCUGGACAGAAUACACCCGCACGAUGUGAAUAACAUGAAGGUCGGGCUCCUGGGCGACCUUGAGAUCCUGCUGAUGGGCUGCGAUGAUGGGGAUGUUAUCGCAUACUACACUCAUCAGAUUGAAAGGGAAGCCCGGACGGCCGCCGAAUCGACGUCCAAGCUGGCUCACUUUAGUGAAGUCAAACCGUUCUUCCAUGAGAACGUGGGUAUAAGCGCCUGGGGGUUGGCUAUCCACCAAACUUCCCGGCUUAUUGCUGCGGGCACCAAUUUUAGGGAGGUGGUAGUCUUCAAGCCAGGUAUCAGUGCACGAUAUGCUGGAGACGGACAACGAUAUUUCAAUGACCAUGACGAAUCUCUUUUCAUGGUUCCUAUUAGUUCAAACAACUACCUACAGGUGUCUUCCGUUGUGUUCACGCCUGGAUAUGACGGGAAAGCGCAUCCUUUGGAACGUUUGAAUUGUAAAGUCACACUAGCACUGGGAAUUCGAGGUCAUAAUGUCCCUUCAAUUGAUUUUCUUGACGACGAGAAGGGUGAAGCCUACGCGGUGUUGGCGGUAGAUAUUACCGGAAGGAUGUGGUCUUUGGACCUGUCUAAUAGCGGUGCCCUUGAAUCGCCACCUAUCCACGAGUCCCGAGAGGAUCGGGAAGACUCUGAUGACGAUGAGAUGGAUGUCAGGGGCUGGGGGGUCAUCGCAAUACCCGUGGAUGCUUUUAAGUUAGUGGGGACACCCCAGGAGGCUCUUGGUCAGAAGAUAGAAAGCGCCCUCAGCAUCCCGUCAGCCUUUUUCAAGAGUAAAAACAUUUCGCAGUGCUUGGAAAUCACCUCUAGCGUCAAUGAUGUCAGAGACGUCUCUCUCAUACAUCCACCACCUGAACCAUCUCCAUUCUCGUAUGGAAACCUAAGUUCUACACUCGAACUCGAGAAUAGUGAUGCAGAAGAUAACCAAUUAUCUGAAGCGAACAAGAUCAUACUUGACAAAAAGAGGGACCAUGUUCUUCGGCUCUUGAAAGAUUAUAGGAGUAACAAGCACAUGCUCCGGAAACCAAGAUUACCGUUUUUGACUGAAAAUAAUUGGGUGAAAAGCAUGGUUCGCAUCCUGGAGUCAGAUAACUGGUCUUAUGACGUUGGAGUCCAGAAUUGGGUCACUGAGACUGACCUUCUGGUUAAUUUGCAAUGGAACGGUGCUCGAGGGGAGGCGAAGGCUUUGCAAUAUCUCCUUAUGUUACCAACCGAGGUCAGAUAUCGGUUUCAAACCUGGAAUGAAAUACUGGACGCAUCUCUGAGGCACACAAUUCCUGGGCCUCUUCCGAGCAUUUUACCUCUCGUAAACCAGAGCAGAAAAGUGAUGCGAGCCCAGGACAGCAGAACGGCCAUCGUGCGGAUGAACAACUACGAUGUUGAGCUCCUGCCGCCGGACCCGGACAUGCUAAGCACCAUCUGCAGAAGCUUCGCCCGGCAACGAUUCGGGAAUAGAUUAACCGAGCGUCUCCUGGAUCCCUACGAUCGGCUUAACAUGUUCUCUGUCAUCCCGGAACUCUCGCUCUUGGUUGUGGCUUCGCAGAAAGGCCGGGUGGGGUUGUUCACAUUGACGAGACUGGAGGAGUCUUUCUGCCAGAAGAUAUCGUCGGUAUUGACGUUUCGUCUGGACCGUAUCCUGCCGCUCUCUAUCCACGAGAGAGAAUUCCGGCCUUUCAAACAGCUGCUGGGUAUUGCGGUGGCGCCGCUACAGGGGAGGGGUGCAAACGGGGAGGCACAGAGGAAAAUCUGGCGGUUGAUACUGCACUAUAUGGAUCACUCGGUGCUCAGCUAUGAGCUGCAGAGAGAUGACGGUGAUGGGCUGGAGGUCUUGUAG